GACAGACAUUUCAUGGUGUGCCGGCUUGCCGAGAGGAGACGAGGGUUCGAUCAAUAGCUCUGUAUGGCGAGAAACUGCCUGUCGGAAAGGCCGGGCCAACACAUCUCGUAUAACGCCGUGGGAAAUGCCGAACUCUCAGUUUAGCCUGAGUACCCAUUUACUGAGGUUAUCUGCGAUUUGCCCAGGCUUAUAUCAGCAGUAAUUGAACGACGCCAUCUUGUUUCAAGCCGUCAUAUCGGGCUAAGCGUCUUAUCAGAUGGUUAAUGCAGCGAAAUCGCCGGAUCCUCUCUGUGUUUCACCAAUCUCCUACAGUACGGGACGGCUGACUUCUGUGGCUUACAGCAGCAUUGGGCAUACGCAGUGACGUCACUCGCGCAAGUGCAGAACGCUCUCAGACAAUGCAUUCGAAAAUGCUUAUGGCAGACUCAUGUAGAGAUUCUUGGCCAGACACAGGACGGAUUAUAUCACCGAUGAUAAGCUGACUGAUUUUCCCCCCUAACGUGGAAUUGUGUCUCGCAAUCAUGGGGAAUGUUCAGCGGGAUUGAAGGUGGACGGGAAGUGCGCCGAUUGAAGAUUACGAUGGUGGCGCGACCUGGAGCCGAAUGACGACUAGAGCCGCUUACUGCGGGUUGCCCAUUGACUCGGCAGUGUUGUAAUGAAUCAGUCUAUUUAACUGUAGAUAACAAAGCUAAUGGUAUCAGAAUGAUACUGUGGACGGCAUUUUUAGUUGUAUUGAGGUGCUCGGCUGGGGGCAAUGCCCUCUUCGUGGACACACAGAACAACUCCAGCUCUUACCACUACACUAACAACACCAACCCUUUCUAUCUGCACAACGUUACAGGAAUUAUUAACAGCUUGCUUGAGGGAUACGACAUACGACUUCGACCAAGUUUUGGAGUGAAACCCCUUCGGAUUGGCAUGGACGUGAAGAUAGCCAGCUUCGACAGUAUAUCUGAAGUAAACAUGGACUACACUAUCACGUUAUACCUCAACCAAUAUUGGAAAGACGAACGUCUCAAGUUCACAGAUGACAAUAUCUCUUUGACAUUAACGGGAGACUUUGCAGAAAAAAUCUGGGUGCCGGAUACUUUCUUUGCAAACGAUAAAAACUCUUUUCUGCACGAUGUGACGGAAAAGAAUAAGAUGAUAAAGCUACACGGUGAUGGGACUAUAGUCUACGGUAUGAGAUUUACCACAACCCUUGCCUGCAUGAUGGAUCUGCAUUAUUACCCGCUCGAUGUCCAAAACUGCACUGUGGAAAUCGAGAGCUACGGCUAUACGAUGCAAGACGUAGCGAUGUACUGGAGGUACGGUGAGUAUUCGGUGGAAGGAAUCGAUAAGGUGGAACUUCCCCAAUUUACCAUGGAGGAUUAUAAAACACUGGACAAGGUCGAGGAGCUCUUGACAGGUGAUUACCAAAGACUUUCUCUAAGCUUUAAACUGCAGCGCAAUAUAGGCUUCUUCAUUUUUCAAACAUAUUUACCGUCAAUCCUGAUCGUGAUGCUGUCCUGGGUGUCCUUCUGGAUUAAUCACGAGGCUACUUCAGCCAGAGUGGCGUUAGGGAUAACCACGGUGCUGACAAUGACGACAAUAAGUAACGGGGUUCGACAGUCUCUUCCCAGAAUUUCUUACGUGAAAGCAAUAGACAUAUAUCUGGUGAUGUGUUUUGUGUUCGUCUUUGCGGCUUUGCUAGAAUACGCAGCCGUCAACUACACGUACUGGGGCGCCCGGGCGAAGAAGAAAGCCAAGAAGCUUCGGGAAAGGUCUAUGAGAUACUCCGAGAGAAACACAGAAGAUAACCAAGCGUGUGAGCGUGAACCACAUGACAUCAUCGAGAUGAAGGACAUCCGUAUGUCUCCUAUCCCUGGUCUCCGCAACCAACAAAACACUCUGGGCGAUUCGGAAGACAGUGACAAAAGUGUGCCCACAUUCCGUAUGACCCCUGUCAUCCCGCGUACGUACAUGAGGGGAGGGCAAAUCCACACCCAGGUCUAUAGACGGAAAAGCAGUACAGCCAGUAUGCAGAAAAAACGAAAACUUCUUAGCAGUGUGAAAGAGAGAGCAAAGUCUCUGAAAGUGAAAAUCCCCAAGGUUCAGGAUGUGAAUACGAUUGACAAAUACUCACGUUUCUUGUUUCCGUCUCUCUUUGUUCUAUUCAAUCUCUGUUAUUGGGGAUUCUGUUUGAUAUAGGAUGAGCCAAACACUGGAUGCAUCAGCUAUGAUCGCUCUCCGCGCCAAGCAAAUGUUAAUCUAUGUUUCCAGACUGUCAAACUGCUGUAUGUAAUGUGCAUAUAUAUAAAUACACAGCCUGUAUAUUGCUGCUCUUGUCAGAAAGAGAACAAACGAGAGCUGGCGAACAGUGACAGCCUUCCUGCUGCGUCAGCUGGGUUGAAAAUUGAUACAACACCAGUUUUGCCGAAUCUGCCAUUGCUUCAUGGUCUCCAGUAGAAAAUCUAAUGACAAAGGCGUUAAAAGGCUUAAUAUACAUACAACGGCGAAACUGUUAGUUCUUCAAAACCUGUGAUGUCCCUAAAUUCUGAACGACAUGUUGAUUUUUUUCACGUGCUUAAAAUGUAUGACUCAGAAGGCGUCUUACAACAUGUCAGAUGAGAGUAUGCCCUCACAUCACAUUAUGAAAAUACCCAAAAAUUCCUAAAAUUGUUGGUGUUCUUGUUGUUGGGGCAUUUAAACAGUUUUAACGGUUGCCGUUACGAAAACUCUGCACGUGGCUCCGAACGAAAUCCGUGAGACUCAUGCCAUACUUGUGUAGGCCUACCUGUAUCUGCUAGCCAAUGCUUAAAUUCUUUAUAAAAACUAAAUAUUUAGUGUACAUGAUUUAAUAUUUUAAUCAUAAUCUGUUUGUAUUUUACAAGAGAUGCAUGGUCAUUAAUACAGAGGUAAAUUGUUUUGUUUAUGCAUGGUUUCAUUUUUAAGCAACAUUUAAAUCCACUUGCCUUUAGCUGUAAUGCCUGUCCAUCCUUCUGCUUGACACGUUGUAUUUAUAUUGGACCGAUUGAUCAUGAAACAUUGCCCUGUGUGUUUGCUUCUGUUAAUUUUUAUUAGAGUACAACCUAUACAUAAAUGCUUGACAGUAGAAAUAGGAAUGUCAACGUAAAUCAGCUUGAAGACGUGUAGGCAUUGUGAGGUAAGGAUUUAGUUUUAGGGACCCCUGACCACGUGACACGGCUAUGUGGGUCUGAUUUCGUUACGGGUACAAGCAGAUAUGAACAAGACUGUGGUCCUUGUAUGCGAGUACAACACAGGAAACACGGUCUCAUGUUCAAUCCCAUUUGUGUUUGCUUAAAUGUUAUAAAGCAUAGCUCAGACAUACAUACAUGUGUAUACCUUUUCUUCGUAAUGAGCGGGAAAAAUAUAGAGAACUGUAUGCAUGUAUACGGAAGUCACUUGGACCUUUGCAAACUAAAUAAAGCAUAAUGUCGCCGGUAAAGGAGACUAGGUUAUAUUUCAUAUUACUUACAUGACUCAUGACGAAAAUUACUUCUAAAAUUGUAUUCUCCUAACAAUGAACACAGUGUGUUCAGUAUUUUAGGAAGCACAAAUAUGGUUUGUUAAUCCUCAAUUAUUUGGUGAAGGGUUUCAAAAAUUUUACAAAAAAAGGAAUACUAAUAAUAAAAAAGACACCCAAUCCUAGUCUUCUAAUACUGACAUGCAUGGUUAUGCAACUGUUCAUAUAUUAAAUACUGAAGGAGCUUCUGCAUGGUUUAGUUUAGUUCAGCAAAGGAUUAUUUUCUCUGGUUGUGAAUCGAUUAUCGGUAAUUCCCAUUUCAAGGCACACAUCCCCUUACUUGUUUUCGCAGGUUAUCGUAAAGUACUGCGGGCAGAAGCGCAAUAUGGACAUUCAUACAUAAUGACGUUUAUUCUUUUAUUGUAGUCACUUGUAGCCUGCUAUUGCUUAGUAGUGCUUAUCUGUUUGUGUAUACAUGUACAAAAGUUUAUUCUGUACAGACAUUUUAAAGAUAUUCUGGUAUUUUCCUGCUAACAUGUUUUGGUAAGUUCAGUUAUGCUAUUCUGUUUUGUACUAAUAUUGUACUGCUUUCCUGAUUUUGUUAGCAUUCUAAUGCAACUUUGAUUAUGCAUAUAUUGUACUGCUGCCCAUUAUUUUUCUAGUAUGUAUUUUCCAGUGUAAGUGAUACACUUUGUACCGACUAUCUGUAAGCGCCUAUCUGUUUGACCAUAUUAAGACCUAGCACGACUGCUUAACUACGUAAAGACAUUGCACAGUAUACUGACUAGUUUCUCUUAAUGCUGUGUACCGACAAAUUAUACUGCUGCUUUGCUAAUUACUCUGUUAAAACACUAAUAUAUACUUUCCCCUUGCAUUAUACGUUGUACUGCUAUGUUGUUUAUAAUAAUGCCGACAAACUACAAUAAUUCUAGUGUCCAUAUCAGUUAUGUUUGCAGCGUUAUAUGUUUUUACUUUGUACACACAGUCUAGAAUAAGAAGUACGUUACCACGUUUCUUUUUCACUUUACACCCAUCUUGUACAGUCUGUUUUGCAUAAUAAUUCACAGCUCAGCCAUCUCCCAUCGAUAUUCUUUUACCAUACAUUUAUGGGAAACAUGGCUGUUGGUUGAAACAGUACUAAAAGAAUGUAAUACAAUCACCGCAACCCCAUUGUGUAACUUAUAUUCUAUGAGGAACUUCAUCCCAUGGUCAUUCGCGUCCAGGGAAGAGAGAGCGAUCUUGAUACAUGUAUCAAAUGUCACUGAAACGAAUGCAGAAAUAAUAAGUAUGACGAUUGAAACAGAAUAAAGUGGACAUAUUAUGUCCAAAAAGACUGUUUAUUGGUUAGUCUCCAUUCAGGGCAAAAACAUCUGCUUAAAAGACACAAUGAUACUGUACAGAACAUGUAGGCUAUGUGCACCAUGAACGCCCUCGUCUCAUUGUCAGCAUAUGCUGCUUCCUCUGUAAAUAUGCCCAACAAUAUCCAUCAUCAUUACCAUGUUCAUUUCUUCUUGUAUUUUUUUUUUUCAUUUUGUUGUUGUUAUUGUUAAUGAUUUUCUUUUCUUUACGGUCUAAAAUAUUGUCAAUC